AGAGAAGAGAGAGAGACUCAGAAAAUGAGGCACAAGGGCAAGCAACACUUCAGCCACGAGCACAUGCUAAUCCCCAUCGAACUCGACGAGGGCGAAGAGUUCAAAUGCAAAGCAUGCGAAAUGCCGAUCGACGACCCCUUCUACGGGUGCCCCCCAUGCAAAUACUUUCUCCACGCAAUUAUUUGCUACGACGCACCUCGGUCCACCGUGCACCCAUCUCACCCAUCUCAUCCAUUGGCCCUCACGCCAAUGCCGACCUAUCCCAGCCGUUCGUUUACAUGCAACGCGUGUGGAUCCGACGGUAAUAAGGGCUUCAGUCUGAGUUGUGCGCACUGCGAGUUCGAUCUCCACCUCCAUUGUGCCGAAUUGCCCGGAACUUUUUUCUACGAGCGUGAACAUGCCCAUGAUCUCAAGCUUGUUUUCGAACCGUCUUUGUGUAGGGAUAAAACGACGAAUGAUCGGAAUAUUCCGUGCUAUAUAUGUAAUGAAGAUCAGAUUUCGUGGUUGUAUUAUUGUGAGGAGUGCAAGUAUGUUGUGCAUAUGAAAUGCUUGUACUCGAAAUAUGACGGUAAAAAAGAGACGAACGGGUCCGAUGUCGCUUCUGUCGAAGCGGGACCCACUCAUGGGGAUGAUGAGAAUGUUAUUAAUGAGAUUGAUCAUUGA